GACAGGGGGGCGUGGGCGGGCAGGGUAAAAAGCAGGCAGGAUCGUCAGCAAAUCCGAGGUCGCGAAACGGGGAAAGAAAAACGCCUCAGCGGUUGGAAGCGGCGUUUUUGCGCAAUGUUAAAUUUAUCGAUCGCUGGAACUUAAGGACAGGAUGGAUGGCAUCGAUAUUCUCUUUUCUAUUUUCGGGGGCAUCUCUUAGAACUUGAGCACACGAAUCUUUUCAUAGCACUUUAUCACGUCGAAUCUUUUGGUUCCUUGAAACUAUUAUGGCGGCUUUGGACAACUGUUUCGUUGAUCGAGUAAUUGAGCCAGUGCAACUAAUCGACGUCGGCGUGGUGGUGCCCGCGAGUGUGCCCGCAAAUCCCCAACAAGUUCCCGAGCAAUCCACGACACGAUCUCACCACCAGCGAUUCUCGACUUCGGACGAGCUGACCACAUAUCUUAAUAACACCCAACAAGACAAUUACACAUGUCGCUAUAUAUCGAUAUGUCAGCGCAACUCCUGGCGGCCCUUGCAGGCCACCAAGCCGAUGCUAGACCUCAUCGUCUCCAAACAUGACAUAAGCCCACCAUUCUGGGACCUGCCGUCAUGCUUCUAUACGCGCAACUUGGACCUCGAGGAGGUAUUUUGCGUCCCGUAUACAGAAACUCGCAAUGGCAUCUUCAUAGAGAUAUCGUACACGGUGAAAUACCCAGAGUACAAGCCAAGCGAGGACAAGUGGGCGAUCCGGCAGAGCGCCAUCUACCACCGCUUCAACACCAAGACGUCCCAGAGCACGUUCGUGCUGUUCAGCCCAACCCCCAACUCAAAGGCCCAUCAGAGGGCCGAGGCGUGGCUGUCCAGCCAUGGCCAGGAAGCCGAGAGCGAACCGUUCUGGCUGCACCGGGUGCUGUUCUCGACGUACUACCCCGCAUAUAGGCAGUACAUCGCCGCCCUGGAGCGCGAGUUCCUCCCGAUCGCCAACAGCACCUUCGCGACCUACAUCGACGAGCCGCUGCGCCUGGGCUACGACAACCUGAGCGCGCUGAUCAGUCUCGAGAACCGCUUCCUGCAGAUCCCGUCCAUCCUGGCCCCGGCGACCGACGUCCUGACCGAGCUCUGCGCGCUCCUGGGCUCCAUGUCCGCGGCCGCGGCGAACCACCGGGGCACGCAGCAGCUGCAGAACCAGCGGCGGCAGUGCGUCGCCUACUCGCGGGCCGCGGAGCACCUGCGGCAGCGCGCGCAGACCACGGCGCAGCUGCUGGCCGACACGCUGUCGUUCCGCGACCAGGUGGUGGCCAAGGAGCAGAACGGGAACAUGCUGCAGCUCAACAAGUCGGCCGUCUUCAUCACCACCCUGAGCCUGCUGUACCUGCCGGCGUCGUUUGUGGCCACCUUCUUCGGCAUGAACUUCUUCGACAUGGACCAAUCCAGCGGCCGCAUCGUCGGCUCGCCCAUGAUCUGGAUCUUCGUCGCCUCCGCGGCCGCCCUGACCGCCGCCACCUUCCUCUUCUACUAUUGGCUGCUGCAGCGCGACGGCGCCAUGUUCCGCCGCCUCGCCCCAAAGGUCCGCAUCGCCCCGGACUGGAACAUCAGGGACCUGACCCGGCGCCUGACGGCGGGGGGGAAGGGCCAGGGGCUCGAGCUACCGGGGUCGAAGGCUUGAGACUGGAUGAGCGUUGGGGGCUCGGGGGGGGGAUUGGGAAAGGGGGGGGGGGGUUCAUCGAUUCUGUCCUGUUCUUUGUAUUC